AUUUUGCAAAAUGUCAUACAAUCUAUUUCAGGACGACGGACUCGAAGAGUAAAACAAAAGGUGUGCUUUGUCUUGGAUUUGCUCAGAUGGGUAACAGAAAUGUUGCAGAAUACAGUGUUGUUCGUUUAAAUGCUCGAAACCCGAAUGAAAACACAUUGCUCAGUCCCCAGACACUUUCAAAAGAGGCGCUAACGUUCCCUACGCUCAAUGAAACCUGUGUUCUAAGUAGUGAUCAGCGGAAUAUAACAGCACUUAUCAGACAGACAGAACCAAGAUGCGUUUUUCCAGACGAAAUGAUUCGGUCAUGGAAUUUCACCUACAGAAGUGCAAAAUAUGUAGCCUUUGCUAAAAAGACAUUUACUAUAACUUUGAUGGACGGAAAUAAAACAAGAUUUGAUUGUAGCGUUAGAGACGGCGAUCUUUAUGUUUUCAGAGCCCCAGGAUUCAGAGAUCGUUCGUCUGAUGGCAUUGUGUGUUUUAAUAUAACAAAACUUGUCGAGGACCCACAUUACCAGUAUGAAAUGUCUAGAUUAAAUAGUGGGGAGGAGCCAACUGUUGGCGGUCACAUUGACGAGAUGGUAAAGUUAUUUCCGGCAGGUAAACCAAUCAGUUUACACGACCAUUGUGAUUGGAUAGACAGUCCAGCAAGACCACAAUACUUGUACUGAGAUAUACCAGAUAUUUCAGAGGUAUACCAGAUAUAUCAGAGGUAGACCAGAUAUAUGACAAAGUGGUAUACCAAAUAUAUCAUAAUAUAAGGGGUAAAUAGACUGGUAGUUUAAUUACUCUUGUGUGAAACAGACGAGUUGAGCUGCCUGCAAUAAAUCUAAGUUUGUACAGUGUGAUUAAUUAGGUAGAAACACUGCAUGUUUGUGCAUUCAGACUAUUACAAGGACAAAUAAAUUGUUGUAAUAUAUUUUGUUUAUAGAUAUUAUGUCACUGUUGAACUAUAUGUAUUGUUAAAUCGAUAUAUUAUGGUGUUAUCAUUGCUAGAUUGUUUAACUUUGUUCUUUUUAAUCAUGUUAGUUGUAUAUAAGUAAACUUAAUAACUGCAGAAAAAUUGAACAUUUAUUGAUUAUGUAUAUGUUAAUUUUUUGAUUUCUUGCAUCUUUUUAUUUCACGUUUAUUCAUGUUGGUAUGAUAUUUACUAUAUAUAUUUAACGUGACUAUUUCCCUAACUGAAGAUAUAGUUGUUUCAUUUUUAAUAGUUUAAUGUUGUUGUAAAGAAACAAGCCGUUAUAGAAAUAUUAAACAAGUACUACAGUUUACUUCAUUCAGGAUCUUACUUAUAUCUUUUUUUCUAAACAGAUAAAAGGUCUCUAUGGCCAAUAUUUAUUUACUAUAAUUGUUUAAUUAUGAAAAUGUGAGGCAUUAUAUUUUAGUGUGUAUUUUUCAUUUUGAUUGAAAGAAAACAAUCAUCAUGUUUUAUAAGCUAUUUUCACAACUUUAGUUGUUGAAACUAAACAAAUGUUUUCGGUGUGGUGAUUGCUUUAGUGGACACUAUCGUUUAAAAAUACAUUAUUUCACUUUGUUUCAAACAUUCGUAUUAUAAAUCAAUAUUCUUAUUAUUUGGCGAUAACUGGAAUAUGAAAUGUGUACAUCUUAUGUUUAAGAAAUAAUCUGUCAAUAUAUUAUGAUGUAAAUCACAUAAUAAAAUGAUUUGCAUUCAACUGGUAAGAUGAUGAAAUGAAUGUAAACGUAGAAUAUGUUAUCAAAGUCAAGUGCAAGCAAGUUUUUAACUGAAUUGUGUCUGUGAAUACAUUUCUAAUGGUUUAUCUUUUUUGUCGUAGUAAUUUAUUAUAUACAUGUAUGCAAAAGCCAUUUCUUAUCCAUUAACACCAUGCUAGAACUGGUUGUUUUAUAUGUUUAACUCAUUGAGAUAUUAUAUGAAGUUUCAUAUAUGUGUAUAUGGCGCAAUUAUCUUAAUAUUCUUCUGCAGUGUCAUCUAUAUGGAAAGUAAGCAUGAAGUAAGUUUAAAUAUUUUUAGGUUUGAAUUUGAUCAAUUAUGUUUCCAUUUAAACCAGUUUAUUACCAUUUAUUUUUCAAAAGUUGAUCUGAGAUUGAAUAUUACAAUUUAGCUAUAUUAGAAUUAAAAAACAAUACAUUUAAUUUCAUGUUCUAAGGCAAAACAAAACUGAUUCGUAUGUUUUCAUUUAUCAAGAAAUAAAAGCAGAAUAUAAUUUGCCUUAAGGUUUAUAGGAUUAUUGAUUACAGAUUUACUAUUGGUUUAAUAUUACUUUCUGUCAUACUUGAAGUAAUUUAAGAUCAAACAUACCUAGCUAGAUACGAUGACCUACCUACUAAGGCUACUUAGGCCAGUAUGAACAAAACAAUCGACAUUUGCUUUUAAUUUUCGUUGAAUAAUUUAGUAAUAAAUGACAAAAAAUUUGUUUGAAGACAUUAAAGAUAUAUCAAGUGAUCUAUAUUGUCUUCUUUAUGCAAAUGACAAUAUUAUAAAAGAAUACAUUAUGUUUUAAUUAUGUAUUAUUUAAUCUAUUGAUACCGUGCUUUACCUUUCUUGAACAUGAUAUUGAACAAUAAAAUUACUACAUAAAUGUUAUGCUUUUUUUUCUCUCAUAAAAUACACCGACAAAUCAUUUUAUAAAGUUAAUGAAAGUUUACAUUUUCGUAUUUAAAAAUAUGAUUCUUCUCAUUGAAAUGCGAUACGUGGUAUUAACCCUUUUGAAUUAGGACAUUCUCUCAUACUAACUAAUGUUAUGAUUAGCGUAUGCGCCUUCUACAUGGCGCAAAAAUAACGGUGUCGAUAUAAAUAUACACAAUAAAACAUACAACUAAAUCAUUCAGUAUCUAUUAAAAACUAGAAUAAAGUAAAAAUGGGCCAUUUAAGUUUGUAGACACAUUGAGAACACUUUAAAUAUACUACACAUUCAACCACUAUUAAA